UUUAAAUUUAAACAGCUGUUGAUUCGGCGAAUUUAACAGCCGCUAUUUAGGUAUCAGCUGUUGCGUUCCCAAUUGUUGCAGGUUAUUAUCUCACCUGGCUUAGUUAGUGUCUUUUUGGUAACUAAAAUUAGCAAAUAAAAUAAAUGACAUUAGUUCGUAGCCUUUCUUUGCUGCGAAGCAAAAACUUCCAAACACGCUUACAAAGGUUUUAUGGUAAUGUGAAGUUGAGAAACAUUGGUAUAUUGGCACAUAUUGAUGCAGGUAAAACAACUACGACGGAGCGCAUGCUCUUCUACGCCGGAAAGACACGUACGAUGGGUGAAGUGCACCGUGGAAAUACGGUGACAGAUUACCUAACGCAGGAGCGCGAACGGGGUAUAACAAUAUGUAGUUCAGCAGUAGCUUUUAAUUGGCGUGAUCAUAAAAUAAACCUGUUGGAUACACCGGGCCACAUAGAUUUCACUAUGGAAGUGGAGCAGUCAUUGCAUGCAGUGGAUGGUGUUGUUGUUGUUUUAGAUGGUACAGCAGGCGUUGAAGCCCAAACAAUCACUGUUUGGAGCCAAGCCGAGAAACAUCGUUUGCCAAAGCUGGUGUUUGUAAACAAAAUGGAUCGUCCUGAUGCAGACUUUGCGUCCUGUGUAAGUGAUCUGUUGCAGAAAUUAAAUACAAAACCAAUCUGCUUACAAAUACCUGUAAAAGAUUCCGAUGGCAAUUUGACCAUUUUAGACGUAAUUUCACAACAAGCAAUUAUUUGGAACAACGCAAGUUUGGGCCGCGAAUACAAAAUUCUGCCGCCAUUAGAAGCACAUUUAAAAGACUUGCAAGAAAAACGAUAUAUUCUAAUAGAUGAACUUUCCGGAAUAGACGAUGAGUUAGCGCAGGUGGUUAUAAAUAGCGAAGGCUUUGAACAAGUCAGUAAUGAGUUAAUACAACAAGCUCUGCGUCGAGCUGUAGCCCAACGCAAGGUAGUGCCGGUUCUUUUGGGGUCGGCAUAUAAAAAUGUGGGCGUGCAGCGCGUAAUGGAUGCAGUAAUCGAUUACCUACCAGCGCCAAAUGAACGCAAUCAGUUAUAUGAUUGUUUUGGUGAAGAUUUUGUGGGAAAAGUUUUUAAAAUCGUACACGAUAAGCAACGUGGAGCCCUAACGCUGGUACGUGUUUUUCGCGGUGAAUUGAAGAAAGGCUCACGUUUGAUCACCACACGUAAUACCUCUGAGGUGGUUAAUAAACUUUAUGAGCCAUUGGCGGAUGAGUAUAGAGAAAUUAGUAGCGUACCAGGAGGAGAUGUAGCAAUCUGUGCCGGUCUAAAGCACACAGUUACCGGCGAUCUCCUGACCUCAACGGCGUCAGCCUUAAAAGGAGCACAAAAACGCCUACAAAAAAUACUAAAAUUACCUGAAAGCGGUGCUAAAGUUGAAGAGCACAGUAACAAAGACGGAGAUACCGAUGCGGACGCCACGCUAGUUAAUGAGAUAUUCGCUACAGAGCCACAAAUUCCGGAUGCAGUGUACUUUUGCUCCAUCGAACCGCCUAGUUUAUCGACACAAAAUGCGAUGGAGGCAGCGCUAAAGCAAUUACAACGCGAAGAUCCAAGUUUGCGCGUUAAUUAUGAUUCAGUUACUGGGCAAACAGUGCUGGGCGGUAUGGGCGAACUUCACAUGGAUAUCGUAAAAUCUCGUAUACUUACCGAAUAUAAAAUCGAAGUGGAUUUGGGUCCACUCCAAAUAGCCUACAAAGAAACUAUUGAGGAACCGGCAAUGGAUAGUUUUCAAGUGGAAAAGGAAAUAGCCGGAAGUAAGCAGAGUGUCUCUAUCACUUUGGAACUACUGCGAGAACACAAAGAACCAUUUAGUUUGGAUAAAUCCGGUGAAAAUGCAGCAAAUUUAAACACUGUACGCCCUCGCAUGCUGCAUGUGAUACGAAAAGGCGCAUUGUCGGCUUUGGAUCGUGGCCCACGUGUAGGUGGUCAGGUGGUUGAUACACAAGUGCGCCUACAUAAUAUCACAAUCGGUCGUGGUACUGCGGAUUCAUUUGUGAUGGCCGCGGCGGCCCAAUGUGUGCAAAAGAUACUAACGACAGCAGGUACACGUUUACUUGAACCAAUAAUGGCACUGGAAAUCGUUGCACCAUCCGAGCGCAUAUCUGCAAUUAUAGCCGAUUUAUCACGUCGUCGUGCUACAAUAAACGAAGUACGUCCGAAAAGUGAACAAAAUAAGUUGAUAUGUGUUAAUGCCCCAUUGGCUGAGCUAUCCGGCUAUUCCAGUGUAUUGCGUACAAUCACCUCGGGCACGGCGAGCAUGACAAUGCAGCCUUGCGGCUUUUCAAAUAUGAAUUCAAAUGACGAAGUUCGGGCGAUACAAAGAGCGCAGGGAUUUGAGUAAAAUACGAAGGAAAAAAAAUCAAUUUUGCCGUGGUACUAUUACAAGACAUUGCUGAUUGUUAGUUGAGAGCUUUACAAAAUGCACUUAACUACAUUAUACCGUUAAAUAAAUAUUAUUUAUUAUUUUUGAAA